CGUACGCGCUCAUCACCUGAACAUUUCGGACGGCCAUUGUAGAAGCAGCUGAGUACCACUUGAGGCUCUGAUUUUCUGUUGACGCGUUUCGACACUCCGACUUUGACGCCUGUCUUUUUCGCCGGUGCAUAUAGCAUACAGGGAGCAUAAUGGAUGAGUGGAGGGAGAUCACUCGAACCGGCGAUCCAAUAGGUCUGCCGCCGGCACGAAAGCCUGCCAUCUCAGCGCUCUCCUUUGAUGUGGACCAUGACCUGGUGUGGGCAGGUGACGAGAAUGGUCGUCUCUUCUCGUUAUACGGGCCCGAACUACGGAAAUACACGAGCUUCAAGGCACACAGCGGACCAGUCAAGCAGCUCUUAUCAAACGAGCGUGGGAUCAUCUCGGUUGGUGACACUAUACGGAUGACCAACAGGAGGGGAAUGGCGAGAUGGACCAUAAACGAUGACAGUGUGCAAGACCUUCAAUGCAUGACAUAUACCGGACGAGGAGCCUCCGAAAUCCUGGUGGCCGGAAUGCAGAACGACAUGCUGGUCGUAAAUAUUGAUAGAGGGACGGUUAUUCAGAAGGAACCUGGACCAGAGCAGACUGCGGUCAUGAGACGGGGGCGGAUGAUUUGUGCAGGGUCAUCGACGGGAGAGGUUUCAUUGCUGGAUCCGAAGACAUUCAAGGUACAGCAUCGUUUCGCGGCGCAUACAGGGACCAUCACGGACAUGGAUACACAAGGAAAUCUGCUAUUGACCUGUGGUUUCUCAGCACGGCAUGGACAGUACGUGUUGGAUCCCAUCGUGAAAGUCUUUGACCUGCGCACAAUGAGACCACUGGUGCCUAUCCCAUUCCCAGCUGGACCGACCUUUAUCCGCAUGCACCCGAAGCUGCCUUCAGCGAUCAUCACCGCACAGAUGGGUCAGUAUCACAUCACUGACGUGAACAACGUGUCCGACCUCAAGUUGCGACAAGCCACCACAGUAUCCUUCAUUUCAGCUGUCGACCUCUCGCCGUCAGGUGAUGCAUUUGCGUUGGCUGAUGCUGAUGGCAUUGUGCAGUUGUGGGGCACGUCAGAUGAGCCAUCGUUUUCGGAGUUUGCUUCGCCUGUGGAUUGGCCUGAUCCUGUCGUAACUCCACCAAAAGUUGAGUUCAAAGAUGAUACUCCCCUGAACAUGAUUGGGAUGUCCUAUUACCGCGAGGAGCUGCUAUCUUCUUGGCCUGCAACCAUGCUUUUCGAAGUUGGCAAUCCGUCACCCCAAAUCGACCCCGAAGUGCUUGCGACUAUGAAGACAGUUGACUUUGUCGGUUAUGCGCCGAACCCACGACGGAAGCUUCGGAAUCAAGUCGAAAAGAACCCAGAUAUUGAGAAGAUGCGUGGUGCGAAUAAUCGCGGCCCUAGGUUUAGAAGUGAGCGAGACAAGCUUGGACUUUCGGCCGGACCGGAUGGGAGUGUCACGUUUGAGGAUAUGGAAGACGAUGUACUGGGUCCUUCGAACGUACCACGGUACUAUCGUAAGGUCGAAAUCCAGUACAGUAAGUUUGGUAUUGAGGAUUUUGACUUCGGGUUUUACAACAAGACAGCUUUUGCUGGCCUUGAAACGCAUAUUCCGAAUUCAUAUUGCAAUGCUCUGCUUCAGAUGUACCACUUUAUCCCACAUCUACGACGGAUGUCUCUUGCGCAUAUGUCUGCGAGCUGUUCUCGACAUAAGUGUAUGUUUUGCGAGCUGGGAUUCUUGUCCAACAUGCUGCAAGACGCAAAGGGACAGAAUUGUCAUGCGAGCAACUUCCUACGGACGCUGAAGUCGAUGAAGCAAGCCUCUGCGCUUGGGUUGCUUGACGGUGAAGACGGCAUCGAUGGCAAGAUCGCAUCUCGAGCACCAACGAUCCAAUCGUUCAACAGAUUCUUCUUGGAUCAGAUCAAUAUGGAGGGGAGAGAGACCGAUCAGCAACCGGCUGCUACCAGCAUUCCUGCAGACCUUAUGGGUAUGAACAUCACGACCCUGAUGCGAUGCACUGCGUGUGCUUCAGAGUCCGUCAAGCCUUCCACCAACAUGGUCUUUGACUUGAUAUAUCCCAAGCCACAUACGAACCGCCGGGAACCCCCGGUUCCCUCCUUCUCGUCGGUUCUCCGAGCCAGCAUCCAUCGCGAAGGCCAAACUCGUGCGUGGUGCAACAACUGCCGUCAGUAUCAGCUUCUCGGUACUCGUAAGCUGGUCCGCAACUUGCCGCCAGUGCUGAGCUUGAACGCUGCCGUGCUUACGCCAGAUCAAUGGCAGUGUUGGGCGUCAAAAUCAUGGCCACCACCUCGUAUCGGGUUGAGCCUCAUCAACAAUCGAGUGACCUGCAUUCACGGAAGAGAUCUGGAAAAGAAGACGAAUGACAGCCGCGUGCACAUUUACGAACUUACGAGUAUCGUAACGGAGAUUCGUGCUGACAAGAACGACACGCAUUUGAUCGCUCUUGUCAAGAUUCCUGCGAACGAUCUGAGCCCAGAGCAGACUGGAAACGAAAGCCCGUGGUAUCUUUUCAAUGACUUCUUGGUAAAGAAUGUGAGUGAGGAGGAGGCACUGGGUUUCCCGGGUGCAUGGAAGGUACCGGCGGUUCUCUGUUAUCAGCAAGUCAACGUUGAAGAAGCGAUUACUUUGAACCUACCGAAGCCUGACAUGAGCAUCCUGUACCAAGAUUACUCGAUUGCUGCUGCACGCGAUUUCCGUAACUUCACUGCAGAAAUCUUGGAUCCCUCAGAACUACCUGGCCCAGAUUUCGUUGCGGCUAUAGAUGCGGAGUUCGUUGCUAUGCAACAAGAGGAAACAGAAGUCCGCAGUGAUGGUACGAAGUCGACGAUCAGACCCAGUGUCUUGGGUCUGGCUAGGGUAUCUGUGCUCCGAGGAAAGGGUGAGAAGGAAGCCGUGCCAUUCAUCGACGACUACAUCGCGACUGAUGAGCCUGUAAUCGAUUACCUGACUGAAUUCUCGGGUAUUCGCCAAGGUGACCUUGACGUAGGUCUUUCACGGCACACCUUGCUUCCGUUGAAGAUGGCGUACAAGAAGUUGCGGUUGCUAGUAAACCUUGGUUGCAAGUUCCUUGGACAUGGACUGGCGAAGGAUUUGCGAAUCAUCAACAUUAUCAUCCCGAAAGAGCAGAUCAUCGACACAGUCGAUCUCUUCUACCUGAAGAGCAGACAUAGAAAACUUUCUCUGCGAUUCCUCGCCUGGUACAUCCUUCAUGAAGAGAUUCAGCAAGAUACUCAUGACUCCAUUGAGGAUGCACGAACCGCAUUACGUCUUCAUCAGAAGUAUCUGGAGUACGAGGAGGCAGGAGUACUUGAGACGAUUCUUCAUGAUCUUUACAAUACUGGACGCAAACAUAAUUUUCGUCCUCCGGUAAAGGCUGAAGUGGAACAUGCACCUCCAGCGAUAGAGGCGGCUUUUGGCGGAGAUUAGACAAAGACUUUAGCAAAAACAAAAUUAAACGUGUAGUAAUGAAACAGGUCGCUACGUCCGGAG